AUGAAUAGUAGUAGUAGUUUUAGUGGUGGAAGUAUGGGAAGUGGCAUUGGAGCGGGAGGCACUGGUGGAUCGACAAAUAGCAAUCUUACUGGUGGUGGAAUGGGUGGUAGCACAGGAUACUAUAAUAGUGGUGGUUACUACGGUGGUGGCGGGGGCAGUGGUAGCAUGGGUAGUAUGGGAAGCAUCGGUAACAUCUCUGUCAUCAACGCAACCAAACCAAUCAGACCAUCCUACAAAACUCCCGAAGGUUACUACAAGUUAAUCAAAGAGAUAACGCCACAAUCACAUAAAUAUUCAAAAAGAUUUGCAAGAUCAUUUAUAAAAUUAUCAUUAUAUCAUAGUAGUAGUAGUAAUAACAAUAAUAAUAAUAAUAAUAAUAAUAAUAAACAACAACAACAAACAACAAAUAAUAAUAAACAAAAGAAUAUAAUACCAAGUAAAUAUUCAUCGGAGGAUAAAGUUUAUUGUAGUGCUGUGGUAGGUGGAACCUAUUUCCUUUAUCAUUUCACAAAUAUUGAUAAAGCGGAAUACGAUGAAUCCGCUGCUAUUCCAUUGGAGCGUGUACCGACCUGUUUGAAAUUCAAUAGAUAUAGGAGUGUGAACAAUAAGUUGAAUCUGGUGAUUGGAACGGAAUCGGGUGAGAUAUUCUAUAUCGAUCAUACCGAUAAUCCUCUGAUAUUCAAUAGGAACGGCAGGUUGGUAUCGUCGUCGGUUACCUCUGUCGAAUGGCUACCUGGAUCGGCAACGCAAUUCAUUGCUUGUUUCGCCAGUGGAUUGAUGCUUGCUUUCGAUAUCACCAAGGCAGAGAUCACUCCUGGCGUUGCUGCCAACAAUGACGACUCUCACCGCGUCAACUUGAAUCCGAUGAUCGAGUGGAACGUCUCUAGUAAAUCAAUCUCCUCCACCUGUUUCUCACCGAAUGGCAAGUAUCUGGCGGUGUCUGCACUUGACGGUUUGCUAUCGGUGAUCGACUUUGAACGUCGCCAAAUAGUUGUACAGUUCAAGAGUUAUUUCGGUGGAUUCCUAUGUGUCGAUUGGUCACCCGAUGGAAAGUAUUUGGCUAGUGGUGGCGAGGAUGACUAUCUCAGUAUUUGGUCGUUCGAGGAAAAGUGUUUGAUUGCACGUGGACAAGGUCAUCAGUCGUGGGUGAGCAGUGUCAAAUUCGAUCCUUUUGUUGUCCCCGAAGACGAAUCGGUUCAUCUCCAAGCACAUCCUGAUUCACCGGUAUUACAAUCUACACCGGUCGGUCCUUCACCUUUUAACUAUAGGAUUGUAACCGGUGGUGAAGAUACCCGGCUAUUGCUAUGGGAUUUCACAAGAGAUUCACUAAAGAAACCAAGAGGAUUCGUUGCAAAAGGAUCGGUUGCUGUAACUAAUCAAGAUGAUACCUCUGCAACUUUGAGUGCCAGUUGUCAAAUACAACAUCAACCAAAUAAUAAUAACAACAAUUCAAAUUCACUUGUAAUCACACCAAUCUCAAGAUUACAAGCAUCUUUCUUGACUCCAAUCGUAUCACAUCGUGUACAUACUGAUCCAGUGACUGAUAUCACACUAUCUAAAGAAUGGAUCAUUACAGCAUCAAAUAAGAAAAUUUGUAUAUGGGCAAGACCAAAUACUGUUGCAAAUACACAAAAAGUUGAUUCUAUGAUGUGCUCACCCAAUACACCAUCAUCAUUCACAGCAAUGAAUAUGAAACUUCAUGAAUAA